AUUUUUAUCUUAAAGUAUAAAAGCGAAAGGCAAUUAUGAGGCGUUAUCAAAUACUCAACGCAACAAUGAAAGUAGUAGCUGUCCUCUUCGCCGUUCUGGCUGUAGCUUUGGCUGCCCCAGCCAACCCAGACGCUGAGGCUCAAGUCCUCAGAAGUGAAUUGGAUAACAUUGGUGUUGAUGGAUUCAAAUGGGGUUAUGAAACCAGCAACGGUAUCUCUGCUGAUGAAACUGGAGAAUUGAUCAACGCCGGCUCAGAAAACGAAGCUGUAGCAGUCCGUGGGUCCUUCCAGUACGUUGGACCUGAUGGUGUUACAUAUAAAGUAACUUACAUUGCUGACGAGAACGGCUUCCAACCCCAAGGUGCCCAUUUGCCUGUUGCCCCACAAUAGGUUAUUUAAGAUAAUAAUA